AUGACAGAUAAAAUUAAUAAUUUAAUUAAUCAAUGGUUAAAAUGGGAUAAAAAUGAAAUUACAAGAAAGGAAAUUGAACAAUUAAAAGAGAAUAACAAUGAAAAAGAGUUAUUAGUUAGAUUAGAAGAAAGAAUUCAAUUUGGUACAGCAGGUUUAAGAGGAGCUAUGAGAGCAGGUUUCUCAUGUAUGAAUGAUUUAACAGUUACACAAGCAAGUCAAGGAUUAUGCGAAUAUGUCAUUGAAACAAUUGAACAAUCAAAGAGUAAAGGUAUAGUAAUUGGAUAUGAUGGUCGUCACAAUUCGUACAUUUUCGCUAAAAUCACUGCAGCAACAUUCAAAUCAAAGGGAUUCAAAGUUUAUUUAUUCUCUCAUAUUGUACCAACACCAUACGUUUCAUUCGCAGUACCAAAUUUGAAGGCGGCAAUUGGUGUAAUGAUUACAGCAUCACAUAAUCCAAAGAACGAUAAUGGAUAUAAAGUGUAUUGGGAGACUGGUUGCCAAAUUAAUACACCACAUGAUAAAGGAAUUUCAAAGAAGAUUGACGAAAAUUUAGAGCCAUGGUCAAAUGUAGACGCAACAUCUGAUAUUAAAUAUGGUAAUGGUGAUGAUGGUGAGUCAAUGAUUGACCCAUUGUCAGUGAUUACUGAAUUGUAUAAUAAGAAUAUUAAAGAGUAUUCAGUUGGUUCCAAAAUCGAAUUGGCAAACGAGCCAAUAGUGUAUACUGCAAUGCAUGGUGUUGGUGGUGUUUAUGCAAAGAAGGCAUUUGAGACAUUCCAAUUGAAACCAUUCAUACCGGUGGCACAACAAAUCGAACCAGAUGCUGAAUUUCCAACUGUCACAUACCCAAAUCCAGAGGAGGGUAAAGGCGCAUUGAAGUUAUCAAUUGAGACAGCAGAGGCAAAUAAUAGUCGUUUAAUUUUAGCAAAUGAUCCAGAUGCCGAUCGUUUAGCUGUCGCAGAGAAACUUGCUGAUGGUAGUUGGAAAGUUUUCAAUGGUAAUGAGAUUGGUGUGCUUUUAGCUGACUGGGCUUGGACUAACAGAUCUACGUUGACUAAAGGUGGUAGCACAUUGGAGAAUAAUAAAUACUUUAUGAUCAAUACAGCUGUGUCAUCAGCUAUGUUAAAGACAAUGUCAGAGAAGGAAGGUUUCAUUCAUCAAGAAUGCUUAACUGGUUUUAAAUGGAUUGGUAAUGCCGCAUACAAUGCAAUCAAUAAUAACGACGGUACCACCUUUUUAUUUGGAUAUGAAGAGGCAAUUGGUUUUCAAUAUGGUGAUGUCUCAUUCGACAAAGAUGGUGUUAGAGCUGCUGCAAUCUUUGCUGAAUUCGCCCUAUCACUCUAUAAAAAAGGUAGUUCAGUUCAAGAUCAUUUAGAAUCAAUGUAUAAACGUUAUGGUUAUCAUAUUAGUAAGAAUCGUUAUUUCUUUUGUUAUGAACCAUCAAAAAUGGUUUCAAUUUUCAAUAAAAUUAGAAAUGAUGGUAAAUAUUUAACAAAGUUAGGUGAUGAUGAUGAUGAACAAUUUACAAUCACUCGUAUUCGUGAUCUUACUACAGGUUAUGAUAAUGGUUAUCCAGAUUGUAAGGCAAGAUUACCAGUAAGUUCAUCAACUCAAAUGAUUACAUUUUAUUUUAAGAAUGGUGGUAUCGCUACAUUAAGAGGUAGUGGUACUGAACCAAAAUUAAAAUAUUAUGUUGAAAUGAUUGGAGAAGUUAAAUCUAAUGUUGAAUCAACACUCACCAAAGCUGUUGAACUUGUUAUUAAUCAAUUAUUAAAACCAAUUGAAAAUCAAUUAGAACCACCAAAAGAUGAUUAA